ACCUGCCAAGAGACACGGGACCAGCGUUUCCAUCUCCGCUCCCUCCAAAACGGACCACGUUAGGGAUUCGCCUGUCCGCCCCCCCCCCCCCCCCCCGAGGCGGCGGGCGAGCGCGGCGGCACUCACGGGACGUUGAACAGCAGCUCCUCAUCGUCGUCGCUUUCCACGAACUGCGGAGACACAAGAGCGGGUCAGCGCCGGCCCCGGGCGCGCAGGUCCCAUUUUGACCCCACCAAGAUGGCACCCAAAAAGAAACCCCCCAAGAAGCCCAAGGUGGACAAAAGGGAUUCAUCCAUCACUCCCGUGAUGGUGGAAGAUGCUUUUCUGGAUGUUGAACACCUCAAUCACUUGAAUGGUUUGUAUGACAGCGGCUCCAACGGCUUCCACUGCACGGCCACAGAGGUUGAAGCGCCGGACCACGGAGCCGGCCUUCUGGAGGGGGUGAACAAGAUGCGCCAGGAGUGCUUCCUCUGCGACCUCACCAUUGCCACCAAAACAAAGUCCUUCAAGGUGCACAAACUCAUCCUGGCUUCCUGCAGCACGUACUUCCGCAGCCUGCUGCAGAGAGACCCUCAGCUGCAGCGGGUGGAGGCCCACAAUGUCUCUCCGCUGGGCUUGACCACCGUUAUCACAUACGCUUACACAGGGAAGCUGAACCUCUCGCUGUACACCAUCGGCAGCACCAUCGCCGCAGCCACCCAGCUGCAGGUGCCGGCACUGCUGACCAUGUGCAGCGACUUCCUCAUUCGGGAGCUGGACGUGGAGAACUGCGUGUAUAUCGCCAACAUCUCGGCCACCUACAGCCUCAACCAGGUGAAGGACGCCACCCAGAAAUUCAUCCGGGAAAACUUCCUGGAAUUCUCCAAAACUGACCAAUUCAUGAAACUCCCCUUUGAUCAGAUCAAUGAGCUGCUGAUGGAUGAUGGCCUGCAGAUUCCCAGCGAGGUUGCAGCAUUCCAGAUAGCCGUGAAGUGGCUGGAGUUUGACCCGAAACGUGUCCAGUAUGCCGCUGACCUCCUGAGCAACAUUCGAUUUGGCACAAUCUCAGCUCCAGACUUGGUCAACCAUGUGCAACCUGUGCCACGCAUGAUGCAAGAUCCGCAGUGCCACAAGCUCCUCGUGGAUGCCAUGAACUACCAUUUGCUUCCCUACCAGCAAAACACACUUCAGUCUAGGAGAACCAGGAUACGGGGAGGCCAAAAGGUGCUUGUCACAGUUGGGGGCCGUCCAGCUUUGACCGAGAAAGCUCUUAGCAGGGAAAUCAGUUACAGGGAUGCAGAGGGAAACUGGAACAAGUUGACGGAGAUGCCAGCAAAAAGUUUUAACCAGUGCGUGGUGGUGAUGGAUGGGUUCAUCUACAUUGCAGGUGGGGAAGACCAAAAUGAUGCCAGGAACCAGGCCAAGCAUGCUGUCAGCAGUCUGAGCAGGUACGACCCUCGCUUCAACACCUGGCUGCACCUGGCCAGCAUGCAGCACAAGAGGACGCACUUCAGCCUGAGCGCCUGCGACGGGCUGCUCUACGCUGUCGGCGGGCGCAACGCUGAGGGCGUGCUGGCAUCCGUCGAGUGCUACGUCCCCACCACCAACAGCUGGCAGAGCAAGGCAAGCCUGGAGACGCCCCGCUGCUGCCACGCCACCGCCGUCAUCGACGGCAAGCUCCUGGUCACCGGCGGCUACAUCAGCCAUGCCUACUCCCGCACCGUGUGCAGCUACGAGCCCAGCACCGACGCCUGGAGGGAGCAGGCAAGGCUCAGCACGCCCCGGGGCUGGCACUGCGCAGCCACCGUGGCCAACGGGGCGUACGUGCUGGGUGGGAGCCAGCUGAGUCCCCAGGGCGAGCGGGUGGAUGUGAUGCCCGUGGAGCGCUACAGCCCGGCCACGGGGCAGUGGAGUUACGUGGCGCCCCUGCCCACGGGGGUCAGCACGGCUGGGGUGGCUCUGCUGGAGGGGUGCUUGUGCCUGGUGGGGGGCUGGAACGAGAGCGGGAAGAGGUAUCAGAAGUGCGUGCAGUGCUACAACCCCAACCUCAACGAGUGGGCCGAGGCCGAGGACCUCCCCGAGGCCACCGUGGGUGUGUCAUGCUGCACCAUCACCCUCCCACGCCCCCAGAGCCGCGAGUCCCGGGCCAGCUCCGUGGCCUCGGCCGCAGCCAGCAUGUAAAGAGGCCUGGGUGCCACGCGCCUUAGGCCAGCAGCUAGGAAAGGAGACAGAGCUCAGGCCUUGCCCAUGAUGUGCAGGGCAGCUGGAUGGGGUGGCACACUCGUGUGUGGAGUCACUCCGAGGUCUCAAAUACUCUUCUUCCAUCACAGCACAUUUUGAGCUCUAGGGAAGCUGCCUGCAUCUCUCCAUCCUGCAGCUUAAGCAGGGAUUUUUCAGCAGGGCAGACAUGGAGUCGAGCAGGAGAGAACAGCUUUUCUCAUCAGUCUGCAGUGCUAUAUCACAUUAUGGAUUAAAAGAAAAAGGUAGUAAAACAAACUAGGGUAAUGCAGGAGGAAUUCUACUGUAGGAAUAGUAUCACAAGACACUUUCAAAACAACAGUAGUAAUUGUUUUAGAUAUAAGUGACAGGUCUAGAAUAGAUCCUGUUGCUCUUCAUACAACAAGUGUUUGUUCAAGGGAAACAUAUUUAUUAUUUACUCGUUGAAGCUAGACACCUUCAGACCAGGAAUAAAGUGAAUCUUUAUACCAGGGAAGACAAUCAAUCAUUGGAACAACUUACUAAGAUCUGUUCUAAGAGCUCUGCUACAGCCCAAGCAGAGAGACUCAGGGAGUGCCAGGCAGACUCCUGGCAAUUAAAGAGGCAAAUAGUACCCUGAAAUUAAGUAUCAGCUAGAUCAGAGGCCAGUAGCUCUUCACAUCUUAAGCAGGAGCCAUCUUAGAUAUAUUCAUAGCAGUCCUAUUACUUGUACCAUCAAGCUGACAGCUUGGUCUUGAACUCAGUCACUGCUUACCCAUUAUUGUAAAAUCAGGGUACGGCCUAAGACAGACUUCUAAAAGGAGAAAUGACUACGAAGAGGCCACUUGAGUUUCCUGGGACAAGUGUUUGCUCGGUGCCUGGAGACCCUCCCUGUCAUGACCGUGUACAUGCACUGGGUUUGAGUGAGACAAGUUACUGGUCUUUAUUUAAAACCUGGCAGACCCAUUUUGGCACAGAACCUCUGUGCUCUUCUCACUCCAAGGCUCUAGCGCUGUGCUAGGACACACUGGCCCUUCAGAGGGCACAGGGACUGCAGGAACCCCCUCACAGGGCUGCAGAGGGGACUCACGCUCUCAGUUUCAGUACAUUGGGAUAAAUCACAUCACAGCGAUCCAGAACCCUGCCCCAGCAGGUCUCAGAUACAGCCUAAGAGCUGUGAUAACCUGUGACAAGCAGGAGGCGAGAGAUUGGAGUUUUACUGGCCCCAACCCAUGCUGAUCACAGAACAUCACACAAAAGUCACAUGCUGAGGCCAGAGUCUUUUGAUAAUGGGGGUCCUGUUAGUGGAGAGCAUUUGUAUGUGAUUCCAGACUGGCUUGUCACCUCUGUCUCAGACCUUGGCUGCAACUCAACUACGCACAGCUGGGCAUCCAGGCAGAUGCUCUUGGUUUUGGUCUUUUUUGCACAACUUAACAAAACGAUAACCAGGAAGCCACUGAGCCCCUUGAGGGAACUGCAAUGUGCCGCAUGCCAGGCAAUGCCAAGGCAAGAACUUCAGAAAAACAGAUCAAACUGCACUUACUCAAAUCACCAAAGCUGAAAAGCCAAUAAGCACAUUGCACAAGUUAUAAUUCGGAUAGGACAGAUAUUGAUCUUUCCCUGGGAACUCACUAUUUCAAUUAAGAGUUCAUGCCAAGAAGCGUAAAGCUACGCUGAGGCAGUACAGAGCUACAUAGAUAUAUUUUGUCAACAAGUCUACUUUGUGCAUUUUUUGCAUGAACAGAACAUGCUGCACUGCAUAUUUUGGAAAGGGCUCCAUCCUGAACAGCACUGGCAGUCUCUUCUUCACAAUUCAAAACAGGCUUUCCUGAGCAGAGUUAGAACACUUGAAAAGUGUUGUCAUCUUUUAGACAACACUAUACUAGUCACUGGUGUUAGAGUGUGCAUAUAUUUGAAUGGAAGUGAGUUUGUCCCUUGAUUUUUUUAUUACUGUAUUUUUUACUGCUACAUGCAUGAGAGGACAAAAUGCUAGAAGAGAGGCAAGGAUGCUGCUGAACUCCAGUUGUGAGAGUUGGAUUGUCCUGCAGGGAAUUUUUUCUCUGAACAAUAAAAGCCACUCCUUUGCAGGGGCAGUCUGUCUGGCUGUAUAAUUUCAAUUUUAAGCUUACCCUCCAAUCCAGUAAGCACUGAAUUCUUUUUAACAAAGCAAUCAAGAUCCAUCCUUUAUGUUUCAGGCACUUUUAUUAUCACGUUAGCACUUCUGCAGCAUGUUAAGAGCACCAAGGAGAUCUCUGGGCUACGAACAACUCUACUCACUGUAGGUAAGUGCAGCUGAGGUCACCCACACACACUAGUCAAGGAA